CUCUCUCUAAAAAAAAAAUAAAUAAAUAAAGAAAACCUCUCUUUUCUUUCUUCUCUUUCUUCUGUGUGUGUUUCUCAGAGAUAUAGAGAGAGAAGGAGGAGAGAGAGAGAGAGAGAGAGAAGAGUGGCUGGCCCAGUAGAUCGAAAUCUUCUCCUCCUUUUCUUCAACCUUAUGACGAUCUAAGAAGCUCCUUCAAUGGUGUUGUUGUUUGCUCAAACACACCACACACUUUGCUGCUAUUUGUUUUUUUGUCCCUAUAAUUAUUAUUGAUUUCACUUCUAGUACCUUUUUCUAGGCCUCAAAUAGUGGGAGUCUAAAAGGUUCUCAAUCUUUUGCCCCCUUCUGAUGAUGUUGGUGUCUUGAAUGGUGGAAUCCAUGUGAGAUUCUUUGGAGGAUGUGGGUCUGAGUGUGAUCAAUUAUCAGGAAUGGGAACCAAAGUCCAGAAUCCGCCAGGAUAUUACUCAAUGAGAGAUCUUAAUGAGGAAUCCAGCAGCUGUGGCUGGCCCCUAUUCUAUGGAGAUAAAACACCGACAAAUGGGAAGCAUUAUAAUAGUUAUCUGCCAAGUCCUACUGCAGAUGCAUGUUCGGUGUAUGAUAAGGACGCUGUGAAGCGGAUGAUGCUUGAGCACGAGGCUAUAUUUAAGAAUCAGGUCUAUGAACUUCAUCGUUUAUACAGAAUACAAAGGGAUUUGAUGAGCGAAUAUAAAAGGAAAGAAUUUCACAGAAACCCUAUACCUGCUGAGGCAUCAUUUUCCGCAGGUCCUUUGACAUCUCAAAUAACGAAUGAAGAUGCCAAAAAAUGGCAUACCUCUGGCUUUCCCAUAGGAAGUUCUACUUGUGCUAAAACAUCUGUUUCAGGUGCUGAGGGCAUUCAUUCUCCUUUGGGUUCCAUUAAAGGAAUGAGCCAGCAAGAUGGUCCAUUUCCAUCCCCAAAUGGGUGUAGUUUAAAGGAUGUUGAUGCGCUUGAGUCCAGACCAUCAAAGGUUAGGAGAAGAAUGUUUGACCUCCAUCUCCCUGCAGAUGAGUACAUUGAUGAUACUGAGGAAAAUGAAAAGCUCAGCAAUGAAAAGAUAGGUGGUCCAACAUUAUUUCUUUCUGAUAGAAAUUGUAAAAAUGGAAAAGAGGAUGAUGGGAAACAUUUUUAUGGCAAUGGUGUGAAAACUGGUAGCCAGGAGGACGCAUCAAGAUCUGAGCAGUCUUUAAGCAUAAGAAAUGGUUUGGCUGACUUGAAUGAACCUGUUCAAGUGGAAGAAACAUAUGAUUUUCCUUAUGUUCACCUUCUGAGCCAUACUUCCCGUCAAGCUGCAACUGAAUGCUCCGAUCUUACUGCCACUUCCAAACAAAAGUCGCAAUUUUUUGGUUUAUCCAGGGAAAAUUUACCAAACUCACAUCAUGGAACUGACAGUUGGGCCCGAAAUAAUGGAUAUUUGAAGAACAAUGAGACUGGUAAAGGGUGGAUUCCGUCAUCGGUGGAGGCAGGGCAAUCUAAAAGCAACCUACAACCCAUUCCUCAAGUCCUCAAACUGGAGAAAUCACUUUUAUCUUCCCAAACAAUGCAAGAUGCAAUUAGUAAAGUUCAUGAACCUGCAUCUGAUUGUCUGGAUGGUCGAAGAAAGGGUGAUAUGUGGAGAGAAAAGACAGCUAGUGAUUUACAUAUGGGUGAAAGAAAUCAUGAAUACUCCAUUAAUAAGCAUCUUGAAUCUGUGGCACCUCUACAUCGACCUGGGCUUUCAGCGGUUGCUCCUUCCUAUGAUCUAUCUAAGUCCUGGUCUCAUUCAGCUUCUUCUUGGGACAUGGCAAGCAGCAGCCUGAGCCAGAAGUUGUCAUCUGUUCAGACACCUCCAUAUCUAAAUGUACCUGGUGCGUUGAGUAGAGGUUCCCAGUCACGUCAAGUCAAUGGGAUAUUGGAAGAUAGUUGGCCUCUAAAUAUCAAUUCCAAGCCUAACCCAGGUUUUCAAUAUGAUGUACCUAUACAGAACAGAUUUUACCCUGGGUCUUCAUCUGUGUCCAAGGAACCAUCAAUAAACAUCUCUUCUAUUAACAAUGACUAUCUGAACAAUGACUGUAAGAUAAUUCCUGAACGAUUCAUCAACAAUGAUUAUAAGGUUUCAAAUUCCAAUUGCAAUGGAAAGAGAUCUGGAAAAGAUAUUGACUUGAAUGUGAUUCUUUCAAAUGGUUCGUGCAACAACUUAGUUCCCCAGUCCGGUGUGGGGAUAAGGGAUGGAGAAUUGAAGCAUGAGGAGCGUCAUGCUGUGCUUCCUUGGCUUAGAGUGAAGACUACUUGUAAGAAUGAAGCACAAAAUACUGAGACAGGCAGUACUACAGGAAACUCGAGUUUUUCCCAUGCUGCUUCAAUAUCCAACAAAGAUAAAACUGGAAAGGGGCCAAGCGGAAAAUUUAUGCACAGUGCAACUUCAGUUUUGUGUUCUUAUAAUAUUGAGCCAAGGAGGACAGGGAUAAGUGAAAGCUCUAGUAAUAAGAAAAUUCUUGGUGUUUCCAUAUUUGAUAUGCCUCAUAUUUCUCCCAAGGAGCUGUCUUCAAUCACUUCUCCCGUGAUGACAAUUCCCAAUCCUUCUGAUGUAGAAGUGGUGGAAACUAAAAAGAAAAGCCAGAUAAUUGAUAUUAACUUGCCUUGUGAUGCUGAUGUUGUUGAGUUGGACAAAGAAGCAUUCACUGAAACUGUUGUUAGUAAGACAAGAUCUCCUACAACAGGAGCAAACCACCAAAUUGAUCUGAACUUGACAAUGAGUGAGGAUGAAGAAUCUUUGACAACUGUACCAAGUGCCGAUAUAAAAAUGAGGGUAGAAAUAGAUCUAGAAGCCCCUGCUGUUCCUGAGGAGGAGGAGGAGGAGGAGGAUGCUCCUGCGGAAAAGCAGCUUCAAGCUUCUGUAGCAUCACCACAAGGCCCACAAGACAGGGUUGAACAGCAACAGGAUGAACUUGUGAAAAAUGCAGCAGACGCAAUCGUGGCGCUGUCAUCUCUUCCCUGUGAUCAACUGGAUGCUGUGAUCAGUAGUCCAUCAGAAAGUCCAGUGGUGGACCCGCUAAGUUGGUUUGUGGAUGUAGUUUCCUCAUAUAAAGAUAAUCCUGAGGGCAAGUGUGGUCUUUCAAGAGAAAAUAAUGGUCAAGAUAAUGAGUGUUCCUCUGACCCAGGGGAUUACUUUGAGUACAUGACAUUGAACAUGAAGGAGAUGAAGGAAGAAGAGUACAUGCCCCAGCCUCUUGUUCCAGAAAACUUCAAAGUGGAAGAAACAACUCCGGUACCUACUCGGGCACGAAGGGGGCCAGCAAGACGAGGGAGGCAGCGGAGGGAUUUCCAAAGGGACAUCCUUCCAGGCCUUGUGUCUUUAUCAAGGCAUGAAGUGACAGAAGAUAUUCAGACAUUUGGAGGGAUUAUGCGAGCAGCAGGUCAUUCAUGGAAUUCAGGAUUGACCAGGAGAACCUCAUCCAGGAAUGGAAGUGGGAGGGGAAGGCGGCGUGCUCAGGUUGCCCCUUCUCCCCCGACACCGCCACCAGCACCAACCAAUGAAACUAGCACCCCGCUGAUGCAGCAGCUUAAUAAUAUUGAAGUCGGAUUGGAGGAUAGGAGCCUAACAGGUUGGGGCAAGACAACCAGAAGGCCCCGCCGACAAAGGUGCCCUGCAGGUAAUCCUCCAUUGAUCCCGUUAACCUAAUCACCACAAGAGGCUUAAGAUUUUUAGAUGAGAAUAUAUAGAGGUAAGCAGGAUCAGUUCUACAUUGACGUUCCGAGGCAUGAGGAUUUGUCUUGUAAAUUUCUUCAACCCGUAUUUGGGUAUAUGCUUGAUUUUCAGUCUUCGGGUGAUACCAACUUGUAUUAUUCUUAAAUAAUGUUGCAUGAUUUCUUCUUAUUAUCUUUUUAUAGAACUUUUGAGAUAUAUACCAGUGUCCCUUCAUUUCA